AUGUCGGUCUGUCUCUCUGCGACAGCAGCGCGUCUCUGCUGCUCAAUCACCACCGUCGCUCUGCGUCGCACUCGCAAUGCGCGCACUGCCACUACUCUACCGCUCCCGCCCAGCACCUAUCUCGAUGCAUCCCCGUCCAAGCAUCUGACUCCAAACCGAGGCGCGUCUACCUGCUCUCCUCCCCUCCUCCCCCACUUCCCCGCCACCCGGUCGUCCUGCGCAGCGCGCAAGGGCGCUCCCCGUGCGCCCGAGAACCUUUUGGGGCAGCCUUUUCGGGCAGUGGAGGAGGAUUAUGAGAUAGGCAAGGAGCUGGGGCGGGGGCUGUACGGCAUCACGUACAUGGCAAGACAUCGCAAGUCGCUGCAGCUCUUUGCCUGCAAGACCAUCACCAAGCGCCACCUGUCGCCCACGUCAUGUGCCAACGUGGCAAGGGAGGCAGCCAUUCUCGCCCACCUGUCCACCGGCCAUGCGGGCAUUGCGACGCUCAUCGACCAAUACGAGGACGCCACGUGUGUGCACUUCAUUCUGCAGCUCUGCACAGGCGGCAUGCUAUACGACGGGAUCAAGGCGGAGGGCAGCUACAGUGAGCGACGGGCGGCCAGCAUGGUGCGGCAGAUAGUGCAGGCAGUGCAGUACAUGCACGGGCGAGGCGUUAUCCAUCGCGAUCUCAAGCUCGAGAACUUCCUGCUGCUGCACCCGGGGGACGAUGCCCCCCUCAUGGCCAUUGAUUUUGGCCUUUCCACGUUCUUCGAGCCAGGCCAGCAUUUCAAGGAGGUGGUGGGCAGCGCGUACUAUGUGGCACCAGAGGUGCUGGGAAGAGACUACGACAGCGAGUGUGACGUGUGGAGCGUUGGAGUCAUCACCUACAUGCUGCUGUGCGGCACCCCACCCUUCUGGGAUGUAUCAGAGGAGGGCAUAUGUGAAGCAGUGUUGAAGGGAGAGUACGAGAUGAGCAGCGCCCCCUGGCCAGCCAUCUCCCAGCAAGCCAAGCACCUGGUGGGGCGCAUGCUAGAAUGCGAUGCUUCCAAGCGAAUCACCACCCAGGAGAUCCUAGAGCACGAGUGGGUGCGGGAGGGAGGAGCGCCCGCGUGCCCUCUGGGCCCCCCGGUGAUGAAGCGAGUGCGCCAGUUCUGCCAGAUGAACCACCUCAAACGUCGAGCCCUUGCGGUGGUAGCAGGAUGCUGUUUGGACGAGAAGGAGAUGGCAGUGAUCCGAACACGCUUUGACCAUCUGGACCUCGACAGGGACGGCCGCAUCUCCGUGUCGGACCUCGUGGCCGGCUUUCAGUCGCUGCACAUCCCACUCUCAGAGGAAGAGGCCAGAGAGAUCAUCCAGGCAGCGGACAGCAAGGGGUCGGGCACAUUGGACCUGUCGGAGUAUGCCUCCGCCAUCAUGGUGAAGCGCAUGGAUGCCGCACGCAUAGACAAGGCAUUCCGGCACUUUGACAAGGAGGGGCGUGGUUACAUCACGAUGGCCGAUUUGAAGGCCACACUUGCAGCAGGCGAGAGCGAUGAGACAGUGGAGCGCCUCUUCAAGGAGAUUGGCAACAACCAUGUAAGAAAAGCACCCUGCUCUAUCUAA